UCAAAGUUCGGGGGCGCACAGGUCGCCCACGCCUAUGACCCCCCGCGCAGCAACGCCUUCCCGUUUUGUACAUAUCCGUAUGACGGUCAUAGCACCUCUUCAUCGGAAUUUCCCGCACUUGCAAAGUAUACCGUACAUCUUUUGGCGACUGUGCACUCAAACUCAAAAAUUGUAAUGGAUGGUUCAAAUGCUUUGAAUAAGUCCAUGCAAAGUCUGUGGUCCACCCACAGAAAGGCGAAGCUCAAUCUAAAUUCAAUUCAGCCUGCUUUGCCAAACACGCCUGUCGAGACACCUUCAGAAGAUACAAACCAACUAGCCGCGUUAGAAGCCCCAUUUGAACCAGGGACCUCGAUACCUCCUCCAUCUUCCACAACACCCGCUACGAAUGAAGUAACCUCACCCGACACACGUCCCCCUUCCUCAAAGCGAAAAUUGCGCUCAACCCGUUUAGCAGUAGAAGACAGUAGUAAACGACCGAAGACAUCUACCAAUUCCAUAGCCAAUGACCACAUUCCCCCUGCUACUCGAUUGUCCGAUCUAGGUGGUGUAGAAGCAUGCGUCGAAAAGAUGCUUGAACUUGUCGCCAUGCCUCUCUGUCAUCCGGAGAUCUAUCUGCACACUGGUGUGCAGCCUCCACGUGGUGUUUUGCUGCAUGGCCCUCCCGGGUGCGGCAAGACCCUUCUAGCGAAUGCAAUAGCUGGGGAACUGGGUGUUCCGUUUAUCAGCAUAUCUGCCCCGUCGGUUGUGUCUGGCAUGUCUGGAGAAUCCGAAAAAACGCUACGAGAUAUGUUUGACGAGGCCAAGCGUGUCGCGCCAUGCCUAGUUUUCAUCGAUGAGAUUGAUGCUAUCACUCCAAAACGAGAGAGUGCCCAGAGGGAGAUGGAGCGACGUAUAGUUGCACAGUUCCUGACAUGCAUGGAUGAUAUGUCCUGGGAGAAGACUGAAAACAAGCCUGUGAUCGUCAUUGGCGCCACCAACCGACCAGACUCACUAGAUGCUGCUCUCCGUCGCGCUGGCCGGUUCGACCACGAGAUCAGCAUGGGUGUCCCGGAUGAGGAAGCCCGAAACAAAAUUCUGCGAGUAUUAUGCGCAAAACUCCGGCUAGAUGGCGAUUUCAAUUUCGCUGCCUUUGCCAAACUCACGCCUGGUUACGUAGGUGCAGACCUAUCAGCAUUGACAGGCGCUGCGGGUGUCGUCGCCGUCAAACGCAUAUUCAAACAACUCACAGAUGGCACGCUCGUCCUUCCAGAGGCCCUCGGAAACACCGACCAAGAGACCCCCAUGGCAGUGGAUCUGCCCCCAACGCCCCCAGCUGACACCACACCAAGCAUAGCCCCUUUUGUCUCUCUUGCAUCCCAACUCUCUAUUUCUUCCAUCGCACACUUCCUCAGUGCACAUCCCUCUCCCCUCACACCUGCUCAGCUUGCUCCCCUAUGCAUUACUUCUGAUGAUUUUUACGCCGCACUACGUGAAGUUCAGCCUUCCUCCAAGCGCGAGGGUUUUGCAACCGUGCCAGACGUGACAUGGGCCGAUAUCGGCGCACUGCAUGGCACACGUGAAGAGCUGCAUAUGGCAAUCGUGCAGCCUAUCAGGCGCCCUGAGUUGUUUAGCGCUGUAGGCAUCGAGGCGGCGUGUGGUGUGCUGCUGUGGGGCCCACCGGGAUGCGGAAAAACCUUACUGGCGAAAGCUGUUGCAAAUGAGUCCAGGGCAAAUUUCAUCAGUGUCAAGGGUCCCGAGCUUUUGAACAAGUAUGUCGGUGAAAGCGAGAAAGCUGUGAGACAGGUGUUCUCUCGCGCCCGUGCCUCAUCUCCCUGCGUGAUCUUCUUCGACGAGCUAGACGCUCUCGUCCCUCGGAGAGACGAAAGCAUGUCAGAAUCUUCCGCACGCGUUGUGAACACCCUACUCACAGAGCUAGACGGACUUGAUUCUCGCAAGUCUGUCUACGUCAUCGCCGCAACGAAUCGUCCCGAUAUGAUCGACCCAGCUAUGGUUCGCCCAGGGCGUCUGGACAAGCUCCUAUAUGUUGAUCUGCCAAGCGCCGACGAACGCGUCGAGAUAUUGCGGACGCUAGUUCGCAAAGUCCCAUUCGCGCCUACAGAACCAGGUGCCGAGACGAUCCUGUGGGGCGCGGAACAUAUCGUGCGGGAGAAAUGUGAUGGGUACAGCGGUGCGGACCUGGCAGCUGUCGUCCGGGAGGCGGGCGUUAUGGCCCUUAAACGUGUCCUCGGUGCGCUUGACCAGAUGGAUGAUAGUGGUGAAGGUCCAUUAGAGAACCAGCCACGAGUGCUUGUUGUGUUGGAGGAUUUUGUGCGCGCUCAGGAUAAGGUCGGUCCCAGUGUGUCUGCUGUGCAGCGGAGGAAGUAUGAAGCGCUACGAGCCAAGUUUGCUGGCCUUCCUGUGCGGAUGGGGAAAGGUGUCGAUUAGAAGUGAGCUGUUAACGGUAUGAUUGUUGGCAUGAUAAUGGAACGCUAAUGAUUAGCAACUCCUGCGACACAUGCGUGAUUCGCUUGGUCGAGUACUGACAUGAUUUUCGAUGUCAUUCUUAAUCCGCAUCAGAGCAGAUAAAGCUGUUUUGAACUAGCAGUGCAGGAACUCCAUGUUUUUUUGCCACUAGCUCCACCGGCAUGUAGUUAGACUUUCCUAACUGAC